GGCCCCCGGAAGUGCCCUCGUGUUAGGCUGAGUGUGAUGGCGGCGCCGCUGCGCGGACGGCUGCGGGCUCUGGCGCUGGGAGGCUGCGGGCUGCUUCUGGGAUCGGCGCUGGCGGCAGGCGACGAGCGGCUUUACGCGGCGGUGAUGCCCGCGCUGCGGGCGCUGCCCCCCGAGGCCGCCCACGGCCUGGCUUUGCGCGUCGCCGCCCUCGGGCUGCUGCCCCCCACCCGUCCCGACGGCCCCGCGCUGGAGGUGCGAGUCCUCGGGCAGCGAUUCCGCAACCCAUUGGGCCUAGCUGCUGGCUUUGACAAGCAGUGUGAGGCUGUAGACGGCCUGUACAAGAUGGGCUUUGGCUUUGUGGAAGUGGGAACUGUCACACCCAAGCCCCAGGAAGGGAACCCCAAGCCCAGGGUCUUCCGGCUGGAAGAGGACGAGGCAGUUAUCAACAGGUAUGGAUUCAACAGCCAUGGCCACAUCGCGGUGGAGCGCAGGCUGCGAGCCCGACAGGAGACACAGAUCAGGCUCACUGGUGCUGGGAUGCCUCUUGGAGUCAAUCUGGGCAAGAACAAGAGCUCUACUGAUGCUGCAGCUGACUAUGUGGCUGGGGUCCGGACACUGGGCCCUUUGGCUGACUACCUUGUUGUGAACGUGUCCAGCCCGAACACCCCAGGGCUGCGGGACCUGCAGGGCAAGGCUGAGCUGCGGGAAUUGCUGAGCAAGGUGCUGCUGGAGAGGAACCUGCUGCCCUGUGAGCGUAAGCCAGCUGUGCUGGUGAAAAUUGCCCCUGACCUCACUGCACAGGACAAGCAGGACAUCGCCAGCGUUGUCUGUGAGGUGAGGAGGCAGGAAGGGGAGGCCACCAGAGGCAGGACCAUGGUGGUCCUGGCAAGUCACCGCUCUGGAAGACAUGUAUGCCUGCAGCUCUCUGGCUGCUGUAGGGAUGGUGUCCUGGGUAGGUCAGAGUUGCUAGGUGUGGAUGGGCUGAUAGUCAGCAACACCACCGUGAGCCGCCCCAGCAGCCUCCGGAGCAGGCAGCGCAUGGAGCCUGGGGGCCUCAGUGGGAAGCCCCUGCGGGAGCUCUCCACACACACCAUCAGGGAGAUGUACGCUCUCACUCAAGGCCGGGUGCCCAUUAUUGGCGUGGGUGGGGUGAGCAGCGGGCGGGAUGCCCUGGAGAAGAUCCGUGCUGGAGCCUCGCUUGUGCAGCUGUACACAGCACUUGUGUACCACGGGCCACCAGUGGUGGGGGCAGUGAAGCAGGAACUGGAGGAGCUGCUUAGGGCUUCAAGAACGUCAUGGAGGCAGUUGGAGCAGAUCACCGCUGCUGACAUGCUGCAGAAUGAAGGUGUGGCUGGAAGGAGCCAUGGCUGAGCAAGGAUGGAUGUGACAAUUCCAGUGCUGGGCAGACUGGGACUGAGACAGGGUCCUGGUUCCAGCCCCUGGGAAGGGUCUGAUGGGUGAAGCAAGGGGCUGCACUGGUGGGGAGCAGGGGCAGGGCCUUCAUGACAGUGCUGCUUUUCAGGCUUGUGUUUUGGCUUCCCUGUGGACAGCAGAACUGAGUGUCAAUAAACAUUUGGCUCACCUCGUUCUGUGUGCUGCUCUGGGGACACUCCAUGGGCUGGAGGGAUGCAGCUUAGCUCUCCUUAGCUGAGCAGGAUCAGCUCUCCCACUUUUCUUGGUGGAAGAAGCCACCAGGGUACCUCAGCACUGGGAUGGACUAAGUGUACCAGGACUGUGCUAGCAGAGACUUCUGACUGAGGAGCAGCCCACCCUGAGCAUCAGGUGCACUGUUUCUGCACCCUGGCUACCCACAGCCCAUAGACCUGGCCUUGCUGAAGCUGAAACAGGAGGUGCUGCUUGGAGAGGAGGUGCUGCCCAUCUGUCUGUCCCAGAAGGACUAUGUGCACUCAG